GGACAGCAUUCUCUGAUUAUCUCCUGGUCCGUACUAGUCUUUCAGAUUCACUUCGGCGCAUGGGGAGCGUGUCCUUCAAUUGGUCGCAAAGGUGGAUGCUUUGAUGGCGGUGCUGAGUGUGCAUCUGCAGCAGGCAACCUUUCCUCGAUGUGAUCUCCAGGGCGCAGAAAGAAAAACUUACUCUGCGUUAGAAUCACUACCGGCAAAGUUAGGGUUUGGCACCCCUUCUUGCAUUGCGGGGAGGCUCCGAAUUCACCACUUGAGCAAGCAUGAGAGGUUGAAAGGUCCAGAGAUCGGUAAACGCAGUCUCUUGGGACCUCAGCAAAGGUCGAAUGGUUUGCAAAGUCAAAGGGGCAACUCGACUUCUGCAGUUGGAUUAAGUGCAGAUUCUGGCGAUGGCCAGGGUGGUAAUACAGGGAACGGCCAGGGGGGCGGUGGGGGCAGAGGGGGACAACCCCCUUCUGGUGGUGGCCCUUCAGACGAUGGCAGGAGAAGGUUUGACCUUGAAGAGUGUCUCUUGUACUCGGGGGCUGUGGUCGCUGUAACACUUGGCCUGUGGACCAGCCACCACCGGGAAUGCAGGGCUGUUUUGCGGUUUCUGCGGUGGGCCUCAGGAAUUCUGAGAAGAGAGCCUAAGUCUGCUGGCACGAGCAAAGAUGACGGGGCAGAGGAGGGGGAUGUUGCCAAAGUGGCGCUAGAGCAACUUGAAGGGGUGGUGCAAUCAGCUCUCCAGCUUCUUUCCAGCCUAGAUAUCCGGGAACAGAUCUUUGGCAGUACAGAUUCUGAAGCAUCCACCUCGGAAGAGGCUCCCUUCCCUCUCUCCGCGUUCGCUGCGCUGUCCCUCCCCUUCCCAUUUGCCGCGCUUUCGCUUCCUUUCCUUUCCAUCUUCCAUCAAAGUCCUGUUGGUGAAGAAGAGGAUCCGCCGAAAGUGACCAAAGUGUGGGAGGUCCAAGGAGACUCUUGGACACGAUUGGUGCCUGGCGGUUCGGACGAAGACGAGUGGGUUCUGGACGGACACUUCAGCGGCCGUCCUGCAGAGAAGCCAAGUGAUGACACAGCAAGUGCUUCAACCUCUGGGAAGGAGGAGGUUUUGAGCAGAGGCCGUCAACUGAAGGAGGGGGUCAGAGAAGCAGCCGACAGGUUCGUUGGUCGGCUGAAGUCAACGCUCUUGCCAGAGGGUUAUCCGCACAGCGUUACAGAGGACUAUGCGGAGUACUCAGGGUGGAGGCUUGGGCAGAUUGUGUCGAGUCAGGUGAAUGGCGUUCUGUGUACGCAGGCGCUCCUGUACGCUGUUGGACUGGGCAAAGGGGCCAUCCCUACAGCAGCAGCAGUUAACUGGGUCCUCAAAGAUGGCAUCGGGUAUCUGAGCAAGAUUGCGUUUUCCAAGUACGGUCGUCACUUCGAUGUCCACCCGAAGGGCUGGCGCCUCCUUUGCGACGCUGUCGAAGACCUCUCCUGCGGCCUCGAGCUCCUCACUCCCGCUUUCCCCAAUCAGUUCCUCUACUUGGGAGCCGCCGCAAGUGCCUUCCGUUCGGGCGCCGGGAUGGGGCAGGCUGCGACCCGAAACUCCUUUUAUGCCAGCUUCUCCAAGCAAGGCAAUCUGGCCGAACUCGUCGCAAAGGCGGAGGCUCAGGGCAUGUUUGCCAAGUCCCUCGGGAUUCCGCUCGGCAUUCUGGUGGCCGGAAGGGUCGGCCACACCGGCCCCGUCCUGGCGCUGACAUACGCCGCAGUCACGCUCGCGCACCUGUUCUGCAACCUUCGCUCGUACCAAGCCGUCCAGCUACGCACGCUCAACCCAGAUCGCGCCACUCUCGUGCUUGCUGAGUUCGUCCGCUCUGGUCGUGUCCCCUCCAUCAAGGCCGUCAAUGCAGAGGACCCGCUCUUCCCCGUUGAGUCUAUGCUGAACCUGCGAGCGCCUCUCAAAAAGCUCACCGAAACCUUAGGCCAAGCUGCCCCCCCGGAGGAGCUGUCUGCUCCCGCCAAGGACCUGGCGCUGGGGCUGGCCGGCAGGAUCGAGCUCGGCGCAGAGCUGCGGGCGGUGUGCAGUAAGGCGCAGGAGCUCGAGUCGCUGCGGCGCCUGUACAAAAAGGAAAAGUACAUGCUCGCGCAGCAGGGAGACAAGCUCAAGGUGGUGUUGGAGAAGGGCGCUCGGCAGGAGGAUAUGCUGCGUGCGCUGACCCAGGCCGUUUUCUUGGAGACUAGUGGACAGCAGGUCACGAAAAGCAAUCCCCUCGAGACGAGUUACAGAAAUAUGACACGGUCGUUCGACCAGUUGCAAAAGGAGAUCAGAAAAGCGGGCUACAUCGGUGAGCUGGUCGUGAGGCCUGGCGCCGCCAGGCUCGUAGCAUGAAAACGUUAGCGUUCGGUGUGGGUGCCGAUUCGGGAGCUGAGUAUGUCUUUUAGCGCUGGAAAAUCAUUCUACUUAUGUCAAUAUGUUUCCGUCGGGAGGACUCAUUGUUUGCGUUGUAGAAGACGGUCCCCGCUCUUACGUGCGCGCAACAUAAACCUUGGGAUCUCGUCAUUUCAUUUGCACUUUUGCAGUUGAAUGUUUUCGAAUAUGAG